UCCAUGUUUUACCGCCACCGCCUAUUAGAGCUGCGAAUUUUUGCUUAAUUCGAUGCCAUCGCCAUUUGCAUACAACUAACGCUAAUUCCAAUUCUUUCUUCUAUUCCCUUUCACUGUGUUCCGACGAAGAAGACGAAACGCAGACGGGAUGAGGAAGAAAUCGCUCAAUCCUCUUGUUUGCAACUUCUUUAUGUUCUGUUUACUUCUUUUCUCUGCCCGUUUCUGCUUCGCCAAUCGGGAUAUGGAAGCGCUGUUGAAAAUGAAGAAUGCCUUGAUUGCACCAGGGAGAUCGGGGCUUACUGAUUGGCAACCGGCGUCUUCGCCGUCUGCUCAUUGCGCCUUCUCUGGAGUUUUGUGCGAUGUUGAUUCUAGAGUUGUUGCGCUUAACAUCUCGAAUUUCCGUCUGUUUGGCAGGAUUUCGCCGGCGAUUGGGAUGUUGGAAAAGCUUGUAAACUUGACGUUAGUGAAUGACAAUCUCACUGGAGUGAUUCCUUUCGAAAUGGCGAAACUCACGUCGCUUAAGACUCUGAACCUCUCUAAUAACUUAUUCCGGGAUAGAUUGCCGGCGGAAAUCACGCUCGGAAUGAUGGAACUCGAGGUUUUCGAUGUCUAUAACAACAAUUUCUCUGGUAUGCUUCCGGUGGAGUUCGUCAAGCUGAAGAAGCUUAAGUAUCUAGAUCUCGGCGGUAACUUCUUUACCGGUCAGAUUCCGGAGGCUUACUCUGAGAUGGAGAUGCUUGAGUUUUUGAGCUUGAGGGGAAAUGCGCUUUCCGGGAGACUUCCGGCGAGUUUGGCGCGUUUGAAGAAUCUUACGCAUCUUUACGCUGGAUAUUAUAACCAUUACGACGGCGGGAUUCCGGCUGUGUUUGGAACGUUGAGUGCUCUCGAGCUUCUUGAUUUAGGGAACUGUAAUCUCUCCGGUGAAAUUCCACCGAGUUUGGGGAAUUUGAAGGUCUUGCACUCUCUAUUUCUACAAGUAAACAAUCUAACGGGUCGGAUUCCUCCCGAACUUUCCGGUUUAGUUAGUCUCAAAUCUCUGGACCUCUCGCUGAACGAACUCACCGGCGAGAUACCGGCGGGUUUCGUGGCACUGCAGAAAAUUACACUCCUCAAUUUAUUCGGCAACAAACUCCACGGUCCAAUUCCUGGUUUCGUCGGUGAUUUUCCGCAUCUCGAAGUGCUUCAGUUGUGGAAUAACAACUUCACGCUCGAGCUUCCAGCGAAUCUCGGGCGUAAUGGUAAACUAUUUCUGCUUGACGUGGCUACAAAUCAUCUAACUGGACUCAUACCUCCUGAUUUAUGUAAUGGUAGAUUGAAGACUUUGAUUCUGUUGGAUAAUUACUUCUUUGGACCCAUCCCUGAGGAAUUAGGACGGUGUGAUUCGCUCAAGAAAAUAAGAAUUGCUGGAAACUUCUUCAAUGGAACGGUUCCGGCAGGGUUCUUCAACUUUCCGGCAUUGGAACUACUCGAUAUUAGUAACAAUUACUUCUCUGGCACUCUUCCGUCGCGAAUGUCAGGCGAGUUUCUUGGAAGUCUGCAGCUCAGUAACAACCACAUCACAGGGGAAAUUCCGGCGGCGAUUAAGAAUUUAAAAAACUUGCAGGUUCUUUCCCUGGAACAUAACCAAUUCACCGGAAAUUUACCCGUGGAAAUAUUUGAAUUGAAUAAGUUGCUUAGAAUCAACACCAGCUUCAACAACAUUAGCGGCAAAAUUCCGCAUUCGCUCGUUCAGUGCACGUCCUUAACAUCAAUUGAUCUCAGUGAAAACUACCUUGUUGGCCAAAUUCCCAAAGGAAUUUCGGAUCUGAAAAUCUUGAGCGUUCUCAAUUUGUCAAAUAAUCAUCUGACGGGCCAAAUUCCGAAUGAAAUUCGGUCGAUGAUGAGUCUUACAACUCUUGAUUUGUCCUACAACAAUUUCAUAGGUAAAAUCCCCACCGGCGGUCAGUUUUCAGUAUUCAACGGCAGCGCAUUCGCCGGAAAUCCAAACCUCUGUUCCCCUAACGAUGGCCCUUGCGCAUCGCUCCACAGUAAUACGAAAUCCAUUAAGCUAAUCCUCCCUAUCGUUGCGGUAUUCAUCGUUUUGUUAUGCGUACUCGCUGGAGUUUACAUCAGGAAGAGAAAGAGGAUUCAGAAAUCAAAGGCAUGGAAACUCACGGCGUUCCAACGCCUCGAUUUCAAAGCGGAAGACGUCCUAGAAUGCUUGAAGGAGGAAAAUAUCAUUGGCAAAGGUGGUGCCGGGGUCGUCUACCGUGGAUCUAUGCCGGACGGCUCCAUCGUGGCGAUCAAACUGUUGCUAGGAAGUGGCCGGAACGACUAUGGUUUCUCUGCCGAAAUUCAGACCUUGGGGCGGAUCAAGCACCGGAAUAUCGUCAGGCUUUUGGGGUACGUGUCGAACAAAGACACGAAUCUUCUGCUGUACGAGUACAUGCCAAAUGGGAGCUUGGACCAAAGGCUGCAUGGAGCGAAGGGCGGGCAUUUUCACUGGGACUUGCGGUACAAGAUCGCGAUGGAAGCCGCCAAGGGGCUCUGUUACCUGCACCAUGAUUGUACGCCGCUGAUCAUUCACAGAGACGUGAAGUCCAAUAAUAUACUGCUGGAUAAGUUCUUCGAGGCACAUGUCUCUGACUUCGGGCUCGCCAAGUUCUUGCAGAACGGCGGCGCCUCCGAGUGUAUGUCCUCCAUUGCCGGCUCCUAUGGCUACAUCGCUCCAGAAUACGCGUACACGCUGAAAGUGGACGAGAAGAGCGACGUGUACAGUUUCGGCGUGGUGCUGUUAGAGCUGAUAGCCGGGAGGAAGCCAGUGGGAGAUUUUGGCGAAGGCGUGGACAUAGUAAGGUGGGUCCAGAAAACCAUAUCAGAACUGUCUCAGCCGUCGGAUGCAGCGUCAGUGUUAGCCGUGGUGGACUCGCGGCUGACCGAAUACCCUCUCCAAGGCGUGAUCCACCUCUUCAAAAUAGCGAUGAUGUGCGUUGAAGAAGACAGCUCCGCAAGGCCUACCAUGAGGGAAGUGGUCAAAAUGCUCUCGAAUCCGCCAAGGUCUGCCCCUGCUCUCAUCAACCUCUAAUAUUUGGACCCUUUUGUGUGAAUAAUAUGAAGCUGCCAAACAUCUCCUAAGCUUAUCCCUAAAAAAUGAAAUGUUUAGAAUAUGAUAUUAUGAUAUAUAGUGGAAUCUAUGUGUAAUUAAUUAGUGUUGUGAGAUGGUUAAUGGUUGCUUAAUGUUGCGUAGUUUGUUGAUUAGUGUUUGUGAACCUUUUGUUACUUAAAAUGUUAAUAUAUUAAUAAUAUAUGGAUUGGUACGUUCAUGGA